ACAGAAGAGCUUUGUGUGGAGAAGGUUGGUGAGUAAGCAGCAGUCCACUCCCACACGGCCUCUGGUGACAUUCCGAAAGUGAAAGUGAGCGCAGAGGCUUGAGGGGAAAGAUGACAUUUCCUAAGAACAGAAGUUCUGCAGAAGUGUAAUGCCGUAGUUUACAUGUCCGGCCGUUUCCACUAGAAGCACACGCAGCUGUGGAGUCAUGCUGAAGUGGAGUGUGUUGGUGUAUGUGGUCGGGGUGAUGGUGGCUCUGCUCCACCUGCACUACACACACAGGCGGAUGCUGACGGAGCUGCAGGGCGUCAGAACCGAGUGCAGCAACUUCUACUGCUACUACUGCUGCUCAGGGACCUCUGUGACCCCUCUGUGUGGGAGCAGCAGAGGGAAACGGGACGUGUCCUCACAGAGAAAACUGAGACAGAAGAGACAGACAGAACAGCGCACGUUUCUGCACCUGGUUCCUGACUCCACAUACUCGUACGAUGAGCGCGAUAUGACCGUUCUUUCCUGGGCGGUUGGGCGUAGCCAGGGGGCGGGGCUUCAGGUAUCCGGGGAGUCCAUCACCGUGGUGACCGAGGGCUCAUACUUUAUUUACAGUCAGGUACUCUAUAAGGACCCCACCUGGGUGAUGGGUCAUGUGAUCACCAAGCGUCUGAAAGGGGCGGAGACUAAACUGAUGAAGUGCCUGAAGAGCAUGCCUAGUAACGUGAGCCUGCCUCUCAACACGUGUUACACCGCAGGCAUUCACUUCCUGGAGUCAGGGUCAGUUCUGGAACUUUCUGUCCCGCGGCGAUCAGCCCAGCUCGUGAUCUCGGCUCAGUCCACCUUCAUGGGGAUCUUCAGUAUCUGAGCUCCGGCCUGUGUGUGUGUGUGUGUGUGUGUGUGUGUGUGUGUGGUGGGGGGGUUCGAUGCGAGUGAAUUUCUAAUGAGAAGGUUAUUAAGGAAUCACAUCUGCAUACACACACACACACACACACACACACACACACACACACACACACACGCACACGCACACACACAUACACCUCUACGUAUCUUUCUUGCAUGCAGUUAGUAGAACACUCACCCACACCAUAGCUGUAUUUCUGACAGCAGUCUAUUUAUCCCUCUAAUGAAUGUUUACUCGUUAGCUCCUGAUCCAUGAUAGAGGGGAUGGAGACACCCAGUGGAGAAAUCAGGAACUACAGAAAUAACAAGCGACAAUAAUAAUAAUAAUAAUAAUAAUAUCAUAUCAACUUAUCCUGCUUACAGAAGCUGUAACACAUGAAAUAUCUUUUUUACAGCAUAAACUGGUCACGUGUGAUCAUGUACUUUUGAUAUUUUCUUACAUGCUAUUGUUUUUUCUGUCAGACCUUGACCUGACAAUGAAAUGUUUCGUGAUUUUUAAAUUUCCUAUAGAAAACUAUAACGUUGUUUUGUCAAAUCUAGAUCAGUGUGUGAGGCGGUUUAAAUAAAACACAUCAGACUCUACUGUGUGUGAUUCACUCUCAUAAACGAUAAACAACCCUAAAGCCAAAAGCUCUCCAUUUGUCAAAUCAGUCAAAUACUUUCCCCUCCAAAACUAUUGGAAUGGCAAGGCCAAUUCAGUUGUUUUUUUUUAAUGUAGACUGAAGACAUUUGGAUUUGAGAUCAAAAGAUGAAGAUGAGAAGAGAGGUUACAAUUUCAGCUUUUAUUUCCUGGUAUUUACAUCUAGACGUAUUAAACGACAUAGAACACAGCACAUUUUGUAUCAAACCACCCAAUUUGUAGGCGAGCAAAAAUAUUGAACGUGAACGUGUGACUGACAGGUGUUUCUUGUUACCCAGGUGUGUCCUGUCAGAUGGAUUGUUUAAACAAUAAAUAGCUCUGAACAUCUA